AUGCCAGGACCAUCGCCAUCUGUGCAAGCCACUCAAACAGCAGAGCUUCCCGGUACGUCCACUCGACCAACUCCAUCCUCAGAGCCGCCGAAACUAGAGAGACUUCCCAGGGGUUUUGAUACUCGCUUCCAUUCAGACAGGAUGCGCAGCAGGCUCAAUCUGGACGCUGCCACACCCCUGGAAGAGGUCCUGGACAAGGCUGGCCAGCCAAAAGAGGUAGACAUCAACCUUCAGAGGGCAUUACAGAUCCUUUGCGAUCCACCAACCUGGCCCCAAGAACCAACUUUCCAUCAGUGUUGGAAGAUAGCAGUAGGUUUCCACCCAAAGAAUGUGCAGUCCAUGGACCCCGACCAACUCGACAAGUUAAGGCAUCUGCUAUCAUCCCAGGAUGUAAUCGUCUUCGGGGAAAUUGGCCUGGACUUUACUGUGGGAAACUGGGAACGGCAAGGGCAAGUCCUAGGGGAGCUCUUCAAGCUGGCACCAUCAACCAAGCCAAUCAUCCUCCACCUCAGGGGUACUACCGCAGAUACGUAUCAACAGGCUCCACUACAAGAAUGCCUCCAAAUUGCCAAAGCCGCUGGAGUACCUUCCAAGCAGGGAUUCCAUCUCCAUUGUUUCUCUGGGUCAUUUAAAGAAGUGGCACUGUGGACCAAGCACUUCCCUGAGACGUGGUUUGGAUACACCGGGAUGGUGGCCAGCUUUGACGACCAACAGCUAUCAGCAUUGCGAUUUCUGAAUGCCAAGCGCUUCCUUUUGGAGACUGAUGCCCCAUAUCUGUGGCCUCGCCCAGGUCGCCGAGGAGUCAAUAGCCCAAGACUACUGGGUGAAGUUGCAGCUAUGGUGGCCGCUGCCCGACAGAGUACCACAGCCAACAUCCUGGAGCAUGCCUAUGUCAACGCUAGGCAGCUCUACAGAGUCUGA